CGAGAGCAGGGGCUGUGAUCCAUGCGCUGGCCAGCGCUUUCGAUCGUUCCCUUCGUUUGCUUCGUUGCUUGAGAGCGCUCUCUCGCUCCCUCUUCCUUUCCUUUCGUUCGUUCGGUCGUUCUUUCGAGGCUGGGCUCGACGCUGUCGAUCGAGUGUGUGCAAGAGAGAGAGAGAGAGGUAGCGAGAGAGGGAGGGAGCGAGAAAAGGUGUCGUCGAUUGGUGAGCGGAAGCGCGAGCUUUUAGAUAUUGGGGAAAAAAAAGCGGCGAAUAGUGGAGGCCUCGCAUUCAUCCAAUCCUCGCCCACCGCGCGAGAAGCUGCAGCAGCUGCCGGGGAGCCCGAAUUUUUGCUCUGGGGAAGAAGAGAUUAGAUCUAGCUUUGAUCGUCGAUUUUGAAGCCGAGGGCGACGAGGUGCAAGGAGCGGGCGGUGUCCCUGCGUGGCCCGCAUCUGCGAGCGAGGAAGAUAGGGUGCAGUCGGGAGAGGUAGAAAGAGGGAGCGCGGCAGCUGCGGUUUGCGCAAGAGCAAGUGGUGUGGGCCGUUUGGGACGUACGCGUGUGCAUGAGGAGAGGAGGUUCCGAGGAUGGACUUGGACCAGUGGAUCGAGAAUGUUAAGGGUGGCCAUCACUUGUCUGAGGAUGAGCUCAAGAUGCUUUGUGAAUAUGUGAAAGAGAUUCUAGUAGAAGAGUCCAACGUACAACCUGUGAACAGUCCCGUGACUGUUUGCGGAGAUAUUCAUGGGCAAUUUCACGACUUGAUGAAGCUUUUCCAAACUGGCGGCCAUGUACCCAACACGAAUUACAUUUUUAUGGGGGAUUUUGUGGAUCGUGGAUACAAUAGUCUUGAAGUUUUCACAAUAUUACUGCUGCUGAAAGCGAGAUACCCAGCCCACAUGACCUUGCUGAGAGGAAACCACGAAAGCAGGCAAAUUACUCAGGUGUACGGAUUUUAUGAUGAAUGCCAACGGAAGUACGGAAAUCCAAAUGCUUGGCGUUAUUGCACCGACGUUUUUGAUUAUUUGACACUAUCAGCCAUUAUUGAUGGAAAGGUUCUUUGUGUGCACGGAGGUCUAUCUCCAGAUAUUCGCACUGUAGACCAGAUUAGAGUGAUAGAAAGACAGUGCGAGAUCCCGCACGAAGGCCCCUUCUGUGAUUUGAUGUGGAGUGAUCCUGAAGAUAUUGAGACUUGGGCAGUCAGUCCGCGCGGUGCCGGUUGGCUAUUUGGAGCACGAGUUACAUCUGAGUUUAACCAUAUCAACGGUUUGGAGCUCGUCUGUCGAGCUCAUCAGCUUGUUCAGGAGGGUUUAAAAUACAUGUUCCCCGACAAGGGCCUUGUUACUGUUUGGUCUGCACCAAAUUAUUGCUACAGAUGUGGGAACGUGGCAUCAAUAUUAAGCUUCAAUGAGAACAUGGAGAGAGAAGUGAAAUUUUUCACCGAAACAGAAGAGAAUAAUGCCAUGAUGGCCCCUAGAGCUGGAGUUCCGUACUUUCUCUAGAAUUGUUACUCUAGAAGUUUGCUUCGAAUGCAAACUGAACACGUGUUGAUUAGCAGCAGUGUAGUGGUGAAAUUAGAAAGGUGUAAUCUUUGUCUUGUAACAGGUAACUCAAAAUCCCAUAGUUCUCAGUUGAUCUGAUCUUUUCUCAUAAUAUUCUGUUUAAAGGAAAUUUUAGGUUGGUAAUAGAAGAAUUGGUUUGUCUCGCGUCGUUGUAUGUCCAUUGCCUUCGCCACUGUUACCAGAGUUGGCUCUCAUCUUUUGAGUUCAACUACACGUAGAUCGUGUGUUUCUGUGGUGCAGGUGAUGUCUGAAUGAAAAGAAAUUUAUCGCUCAGUUUCAUCUGAAGUCCGUCGGUUUUUUUGGUUUUGUACAAAUGGCAAAGGUCUUCUGAUCUCUCUCGUUUAUUUUUCGAGUCGGUGCUGUUUGUUAAUCAACAGUUUCGUCUGGCACAGCCGUAUGAAUAUGCGAAAUCAGCCCGUUGCAAGGGUCUGUUCGUCAUAUCAAUGUGAAGCCAUAAUUGAAACUUUGUAGUGAUGUUCCGAAGAUCGGAAGGCAUGGAAAGCGGUGGAUAUUAGUGGCUACCUGGGACCAGUUCACGUCCAUGGGUUACUGUCACUUCUGCGAGUCCUAGUAACAUGUGCCACGUAUCGUUAUUGCGUGUGUAGGGUGAUAAAAGUAGUAUUUCAGACAAUGUAAUACAGCUCUCUUGUUUAGUUAUAUUCUGUCGUUCGUAGAAUAAUAGUAGAUUGAAGCAUCAAGGGCCCGUCCUUAAGGAGUUACUUUCAGCAACAAAAAAUGCAAUUUACUGCGAUUAAGUUCCAACAUGCUGGAUUGUUU